UUCAAUAAAACAUCCUUUUCCGGAUGAUGCAUGGUGGAAGUUGUUAACUUUCGAGUUAGUGUAUCAAUUUAAAAAUAGUAAUUAUGGCUGAUAUGGAUUUUGAGAGUUUUGACGAUGUGGUCAUACCCAGCGCAAAUGUUGAUAAUGUUCCAAUCGCACAACCAGCUGAAUUACCCGAAAUUAAAUUGUUCGGUAAAUGGAGUUGUGAUGAUGUACAAGUGAAUGAUAUGUCAUUACAAGAUUAUAUUGCUGUAAAAGAAAAGAAUGCAAAAUAUUUACCACAUUCAGCCGGUCGAUAUGCUGCAAAACGUUUUAGAAAAGCACAAUGUCCAAUUGUUGAACGAUUAACAAAUUCACUUAUGAUGCAUGGACGUAACAAUGGUAAAAAAUUGAUGGCUGUACGAAUUGUAAAACAUGCAUUUGAAAUCAUUCAUUUACUUACUGGUGAAAAUCCAUUACAAAUUUUAGUAACAGCCAUUAUCAAUUCAGGACCACGUGAAGAUUCAACACGUAUUGGUCGUGCUGGUACAGUAAGAAGACAGGCUGUCGACGUAUCACCUCUUCGGCGAGUAAAUCAAGCUAUUUGGUUAUUAUGUACAGGUGCACGUGAAGCUGCAUUCCGAAAUAUCAAAACAAUUGCUGAAUGUGUAGCCGACGAACUUAUUAACGCUGCAAAGGGAUCAUCAAAUUCAUAUGCUAUCAAAAAGAAAGAUGAACUUGAACGUGUAGCCAAAUCCAACCGAUAAAUAUAUUAUUAUUUAUAUACUUCUGCUUGGAUCAAAAUCAAAUUAUUGUUUGUAUUUGUAAAAGUGGAAGUUUAAUUAAAAAAAAU